CGUUUAAGCCCUUAGCAUACAAACGGAUUCACUGCUAAGUCUAUUAUGUAAUUAAAGUCUGCUGUUUCUGAGACUUUUUUACAGCGGUUGCCCCCCUCAGCAGGACGCAGCACCAGGACAGCAGCUGCCAUAUAAGGCCAGGGCUACUGUGUCAUCGCAAAACCUCUCAUAGGCAGAAAUGAACUAAUGGACUCCCAAACUGCAGACGGAAAGAGCCAAAAUCUUGAGCGUGCCUUCCAUUAUGAUGCAGCACACUACAAAGUGAGCUAUUCUCACAGGAGAAACAUAAACGAGGAAGAUUCUGAUAAAAAUGAGGAGUUCGACAAAAAGCGGUAUCCAGUUAGUCGCUGCGGCAACAAACCGGGCAGAGUGAAGCGGGUGGUGUCAUGUAAGAGGAAGACUCAUCAUCUGACUGUGGCUAGGAGGAAGCAGCUCGGGUCUGGGAGGACCUGCGAUGCUGCAAACAAGGAAAAUGAGAUGAAAUAUUUGCAGGACACGGAGCAGGAUAUUUUCAAUAUGGACCCCUGGGAGCUCCCACUAAAUUUCAGCAGUAGCCACAAGACUGGUAGAACUGGUUCUAAACAGACUGACUACUGUACACUCAGUGAGCUCACGAGGGAUCAUAACGCAAUGACUGAUGUGUUAUUUGGAAGAAACCUAAGGCUGAAAGUGGCUUUAACGCUGUGGCAGAGAAAUGUCGGAGAGCUGCUGACAUACUUUCUGAGGAUCCAAGACACCGGUGUGUUUGUUGACUUCCUCCCCCUGAUAAGCAACUGCAUUGACAAGGAUUCUCCCAGGAUGAACAUCGGCUGUUGUGUCGACCUCUUUCCUUUAGUUAAGAAAGUCCUCAGCAGUCCGUAUGAAGAGUAUCUUAUUGUUGGUUUAAAGUGGAUAAAUUCAGUUUUGAAAACCUGGUGGAAGGAGCUAAGAGCAAGUAGCUGCAGUGAAUCUUCUAAACCACUAUUGGAUAAUAAUUUCCAAGUUUUCAACCAGCAGCUUUUGGAGUUUUGGCGCCAGGAAUCUUACUUGAGAUCAUUUCCAGGAGCUGCAGGAGACAUAGCAAAGAUCAUCGACUCCUUCGUGUCUCAACUGACUUCACAGCGCUAAUAAUCAAGAUGACAACGUUCUCUGUUAGCAGCCCCCCAGAAUAUUUAAAGAAUCCUUGUCGAAACCUUAGAUAGUGGCUGCUAUUGUUUCCAGUGAGUGCCUUUUUAAUUGUACUGUGGACUUGAGCGAUAUGUGCAAUAGGAAAAUAAGAGUCUGACAAGUUUGAUUUAAUUGUCUGUUCAGUGACCGAAGAGGUUGCUAUAAUUAUUAUGAAGUUGUAUUACGGAGACUCUGUUGACUGUCAGAAUGAAUGUAAGAUUUUUAUUCGCCGACAUCCUGUGUGCAUCUGGUCUUUUGAAAUGCUCUACUAAUCUAAUAAAGUCUCUAUUUAAAAUUUUUA